AUGAAAUUCACAAACUCCACAAAUAUAAAAGACUUUAUUAUCGUGGGAUUCCCUGGACUUCCGCCUGAGUAUUAUGGACCAGUGUCUGUUCUUCUUCUCCUCCUCCUCCUCGCUAUUUUGGUUGGCAACAGUUUCAUCUUAACUGUUAUCAUAUACGAGCAGACUCUUCACAAGCCAACAUACUUGAUUUUUUUUCACCUUGCAAUGACAGACAUCGCAUUUGGCUUAGUGACGCUGCCAAAAAUCAUUGCUAGAUAUUGGUGGAAUGACAUGAUAUCAUUAUUUGGAACCUGCUUUGCACAAAUGUAUUUUGUUCAUUCUUUGGGAGCCAUUCAUUCCUUCCUUCUGCUGAUCAUGGCUUUGGAUCGUUUUGUUGCCAUAUGGUUUCCUUUCCGAUAUCCUGUUUUGGUCACAAACACAACCAUUUGUAUUGCUUGUCUCCUAUGCUGGGUUUUAACCUUCAUCCGUAUGUUGGGGAUCGUGCUCCACGCCUUAACUCUGCCAUACUGCAACCUGAACGUCAUCAUGCAGUGCUACUGUGACCACAUAUCGAUAACUCAGCUGGGAUGUGGCGAAGAUGUUGCAUAUGUGAAACAAGUUUCAUUCGCAAAUGCCUUGGUCACCCUCCUGGUUCCUUUAGCAUUCAUCAUUUUUUCUUACUUUUCUAUCAUCGUUGCUGCUCUGAAAAUGUCUCAGAGCCACAAAGUCAUGUCCACCUGUGCUCCUCAGAUCUUUGUCACAUGUCUUUACUACGUGCCAAGAUGCUUUGUUUAUCUCUCUUACAACUUAGGAUUCACAUUCAGCAUUCAAGCUCGUGUUGUUAUCACGAUGAUGUACAGCCUCAUACCCGCUAUGGUUAAUCCAGUGAUUUACUGUCUCAAGACUAAGGACAUCAAAAUGGCUUUGACACAGAGGUUUAGAAAUAGAAAGAUAAGCAUCGCACACAAAACUGACCAUAAGCGUGUUCUCAAGUAA